UGUGAUAUUCGAAUCUGCAGCAAGUAUGGAUGGAAAAGAAGAGUGGAAAGAUUUGUCUUUCAAUGUCUUGGAAGGGGAUGAAGAUAACUGGAAUAGAUGAUCGCAGAUAUUGGACUCAUAUUCCUACAGAUCAAUCCAGGUUCCGUACAAUUGCUUAUCUGCAACAGAUAUGGUGGUUAGAAGUAGAUGGAAAUUUAGAGUUUGAGUUUCCACAAGGCAGUUACAGCUUGUUUUUCCGUCUCCGGUUAGGCCGACCCACCACCACCGCCGCCGCCUUCGCCGGAAAAAGGGGCGGGCGGAUUGCUGCCGGCGGGGAAAUGGACCGGGUCCAUGGAUGGGGAAACAAACCAGUAAGGUUUAAGUUUUCGACGUCGGAGGGUCAGGAAGCAAUGACCCAAUGCUAUCUGCCGAAUGAACCGACCGGAAAAUGGAUUUGUCAGCAUGUCGGAGACUUUGAUGUGGUGAAUACAAACUCAAACUCGCCGCCGGCGACGACGGCGAUUAAGUUCUCAUUGACCCAGAUUGAUUGCACACAUACCAAAGGGGGUCUUUGCUUGGAUUCUCUUCUCAUUUUGCCCAAAUCUUAGCAACUCUUCUAUAUUCAUGAUUGUAAAUUAAUAUCAUCAUUAUGUAAAAUAGAAAUCAUUUAGGUCAUUGGGAAUUUAUUUUUUGGGGGGGCCAUUCCA